AUGUUCAAUAUAUUUAGGGUUGGAUUACCCGUUGCAUCAUCAGUAGUGAUGUAUACUUGUCUGAAAAAUCCAGUUCUAAAUGAAGGAAAGAGAAACUUUUAUGCCAAUAACACUGCUGAUAUUAUACCAGGAAGUCCCCAAGAGGAAGGAUCAGAGUUGGUUAAACUUGUCGCCAAAAGAGAGAACGGUUCCGGCUCGGCUUUGCAAAAACAGUUUAAACGUUUGAGAUUAUGGACCGAUGAGUACUUGGAGGCAGUAAGACGGUGCUAUAUUGAAAAAUCAGAUGCAUACUUCAGGAAGGAGCGUCAAGUGACGGAUACAAUCACAUCUCUUCACGAUAAGACUGAGCUUUUGUGGCCCAAUUCCAUUUACAUCCUCACUGGUUUUAUGACAGGUUUGGUGCUUACAAGAAAAAGAAACAUUUUGCUCAGAGCUACUGUGCCAUUGGCUUGCGGUCUUGUUGCCUUUAGCGCUUUUAUGCCUGCAACCUUCAAUAAAACAGCAUCCUGGCUAUCAGGAGUUGAAGAGCAUAAGCUUCCAGAUGUCUACAGAAAGCAGGCUAAAAUUAUAGAGAAGACAGAGGAUUUAGUUCAGAGAUCUGAGUCUCUAAAACAGGAAAAUGAGAAGAUAGUGAGUAAGUACUAUCAGAAGACCAGAAAGACGAUCGGUGACAUGACUGGACUCACUGUAGACGAACCGGUCACUGACAAAAAGGAUUAG